AUGGAUUUUGCACAAAUCCAGAGAGAAGUUUAUGAUCUCGCGAAUUCAGACAACCCAAUUUCGAAGCAUAUAACUCAUGCUCUGGAUGUUAUUGAAAAAUCAAUAAAGUUAUACGGAGUUGAAAACUUGAGCCUUUCUUUCAAUGGAGGGAAAGAUUGUAUGGUACUGCUGCAUUUAUUCGCUGCCGCCUUGUAUAAGCAUUUCCCUGAUUCUAUCAAUACACUUAAUAUUCAAGCGGUGUAUAUUACUUACCCAAACUCUUUCGCUGAAGUCGAUGAUUUUGUAAAAGAGUGUGUACGUAGUUAUAGAAUUGAUCUUGUCACUAUAGAAGGACCUAUUAAACAAGCAUUAGCAAAGUAUUCUAAACUACAACCUAAUGUCCAGGCAAUCUUGGUGGGUACACGGAGAAAUGAUCCUCAUGGAGAUGGAUUAUCAGAAUUUAUGCAAACAGAUCGAGAUUGGCCGCCUUUUAUGCGCGUUCAUCCAAUACUUAAUUUGCGCUACGCUACGAUAUGGGAAUUUUUGCGAACAUUGAAAGUACCUUAUUGCAUUUUAUACGAUAAAGGGUACACCUCUCUGGGAGGAACCGAUAAUACGCAUCCUAAUCCUGAUCUUCGCAAUCCCACACAACUCUGUGGAUACGAUCCAGCAUGGAAAUUGGUCGAUGAAAGCAGAGAAAGAUGUAGUAGAGAAUGA